AUGUCAAGUUUGAAACUAGAAGAUAGGGAUAGCAGUGAAAGUGCCGCGUUACUCCGAUCUGCUGUAAUUGGUACCCCGAAUGAGCAGAGCAUGUCACCGGUUCCUAUACUCGACUAUGACUCUGGUUCUGCUAGUAAUUUUACAAAGGGGGAAUCAACUAUGUUGGAAAGUGAUGUGCUUCCCGAUUUGGAAUCAUUGCCCAUGCUCAUGGACUACAUUUUAGAAUUAUUGAAAAGUCCGAACGUUAGACUAAGACUAUCGGCUACAAAUAAGCUAAAGACCGUCUUAAUAUCAUUGGCUCAUGAGAUAUCAAUAGAGCAGUUUCAGAGCUUCAAUCAUAAGUUGGACAAUAAGAUUUACCAGAUGGUUCACAGUAAGGAUGUGAGAAGUCAAAUUGCAGGUGUGCUAUCCGUUGACUGUUUAAUAUGGUAUUAUUCACAAACCGAAGAACUUCCAAAUUAUACUACUAAACUUGCUGGAUAUUUAAAGGUACUUAUACCUUCCAAAAACUUGGAUUUAAUGAAGCAAGCAAUUGAGAUACUAGGCAAGUUAGCUAUUCCAACGAGCUCAAUAACUUCUGAAUUUUUACAGCACGAGGUUAAAAACUGUAUAGAGUGGCUAACAACAUCACCUGAAAGCAAAUUCUCAACCCAAACCCAAGAACUAAGGAAGCACGCGUCAUUACAAAUAAUUACUGUAUUGAGUAAAAACUCUCCUACUGUGUUAUACCCAUACAUCAAUUCUAUUCUUGACAAUAUAUGGCGAGCACUACGAGAUCCAGAUAAUUUGAUGCGUUUUGAUGCCGCUAAAGUAGUUGGCUGUUGUUUGAGAAUCAUUUCGAAGAGAGAUGAAAGUGCAUGUAAGGAAUGGAUAAUACACCUUAUGCAAGGUUGUGCGUUUGGACUGACUUUAAAAACAACAGAUGCUAUUCAUGCAACUUUGUUGGUUUAUCAUGAGCUUCUCGAACUGGAUAGCGAAUGCUUAAAUGACUUUUUUGAUGAUAUCUACUACGUUACUAUGUCAUUUAAGGAUCAUAGGUCACCAUUAAUUCGGGAAGAAAUAUGUAGUAUUGUAUCACUGUUGGCAUCACUUAAUCCGGUAAUGUUUUCUAAUCUUUAUUUGGACAAGGUCAUGAACCAUUUCCUAGAUUUACUUCAAAAUAUUACAACUUACAACAUUUCUAACAAAGAAAGAUCGCAUAUCUUUAUCUCUAUUGGUGAUAUUGCUGAUAAUGUUGGUGAAAUGAUGUUUGAAUUUUUAGAACCUACAUUAAUUACAUUGAAGGAAAGCCUGAGAACAAGGUACAGGACAAGAAAAGAUUACGAGGAGGGUGUAUUCUAUUGUAUUGGAAAACUAUCUUCUGCUAUCAGAGAAGAUCUACAAAAAUAUUUGGAGGGCGGUCUAUUAAAAUUAAUUCUAGAAUGUCCUUUAUCAGAUCAUAUGCAAAAAACACUUUCUAUUUUGAGUGCUAACACACCUGACUAUGCAAAGCAUAUUGAUAAGGAAUUGCUAGAUCUGUUAUGUAUCCAUCUUUCUGGUGAUCAUUUUAUAGAACCUGGCACGCCCAUAAAAGGUAAACCGUUUUCACCAAAUGCGGCAAGAGUAUGGAGAAAUCAAAACGUUUAUCAUCAAAUCGGAAUAGCAAAUGAUGACCUAAAUGACGCUCAAAUUCUGAUACAGACUUUGAAGAUAUUCCGCGAAACUAAAUUUAAGGUAGUAUUAACUGAGUUUGUUAAGAAUGUGAUAAUAUACUAUAUCGAACAUGAAAACCAACUUGUGCGAAAACUAGCUGCUUUAACAAGUUGUGAAAUUUUUAUUAAUGAUAGCAUAUGUAAAGAAACUUCUCUCAAUUCUUUGAAUACUGUAUCUGAAGUACUAGAGAAAUUGUUAACAGUUGCGGUGACUGACUUGAAUCCUGAAAUUAGACUAGAAAUAUUAAAACAUCUCUCAUCCCCAUUUGACUCACAUUUGGCAAAACCAGAGAAUCUUCAGCUGCUGUUCACAGCUCUAAAUGACGAACUGAUUGCUAUCCAAAUUGAGGCUAUGAAAAUAAUUGGUAGACUAGUCACGGUUAAUCCUGCAUAUGUUAUUCCUUCCUUAAGAAACUACUUAUUGUCUCUUAUUACUGAAUUGAAGUAUCCAAAUUUUUCAACUAGAAAAGAUGAGGCAGCCACAUUGCUAUGUACUUUAAUCCAAUCAAGCAAAAAUGUUACGAAACCUUAUAUUGAGCCCAUUUUAAACGUUUUAUUACCAAAGUUAGAUGACAACUCCUCAACCGUAGCAUCCAUUGCACUUAAAGCAAUUGGUGCACUAGCGGUGGUUGGGGGUGAAGAUAUGAAGCAGAAUAACUCGACACUAUUUCCGUUGAUGAUAAAAACACUCCAGGAUCAAUCAAACUCCUUCAAAAGAGAUGCAGCAUUGAAAUCAUUGGGACAAUUGGCAGCCUCUUCAGGAUAUGUUAUACGUCCAUUUUUAGACUAUCCUGAUCUGUUAAGUGUGUUAAUUGGUAUCUUAAGGGCAGAAAGUGCACAAAAUAUUAGAAGGGAAACUGUUAGAUUAAUCGGUAUUUUAGGUGCGCUUGACCCACACAAACAAAGAGAUGUUGAAGUUAACCUAAAAACAAAGCUUGCAGUAGAACAGAAUCAACCUCCAAUUGAUGUGGCAUUAUUAAUGCAAGGUAAUUCUCCAUCUAAUGAUGACUAUUAUCCCACAGUCGUGAUUGUUUCCCUCAUGAAAAUUCUGAAGGAUCCGUCAUUAUCAUCCUAUCAUACAUCUGCAGUGCAGGCCAUAAUGCAGAUAUUCCAAAUUAUGGGAUUGAAAUGUAUUUCAUUCCUUGACAAGAUUAUACCUGGGAUAAUUUCAGUCAUGCAUAUGUGUCCCAGUAAUCUUUUGGAUUUUUAUUUCCAACAGCUAUGUCAAUUGACAGUUAUAAUGAAACAACAUAUACGGCCUUAUGUUGACGAAAUAUAUGAUGCAAUUAUUGAGUUUUUUCGAUUUGAGAACUUACAGGUCACAAUAUUAUCUGUUAUAAAUUCUCUAUGUUAUGCACUAAAAGGUGAGUUUAAAAGAUUUAUCCCUUUAACUUUAAAUUUAUUGUUAGGAGUUCUAGAAAAAGAUCGUUCAGCUGGAAGAGAAAACUCAAUUAGAGUUCUUCAGUCUUUUGUGAUAUUUGACACAAAUCUAGAGUUGUAUGCUCAUACUAUAUUACCAUCAAUAUUAAAACUUACUGAAUUUUCUACCGGCCAUCUUAGAAAGGCUGCCAUCAUAACGGUUGGUAAACUUUCAAAAUGUAUUAAUUUAUCAGAGAUGGCGUCACGAAUAGUUCACUCAUUGGCAAGGGUAUUGUAUGUUAAUGAUGACGAACUUAGGGAAGUGACUCUGAAUACACUAUCUUUGUUGUUACUACGUUUGAAAAGAAACUAUAUCAUAUUUGUCCCAGUAGUCAAUAGAAUUUUAGUUGAUUGCUCUAUAAAGCACGCCAUAUAUGAUGAUUUGGUUACAAAAUUACUUAAUGGAGAGGCUCUUCCGAAUACUAUCAUAUUGGAAGAUGAUACUGAGCAGAAACAAUUAUCCUUGUCUAAUAUAGCUGAAACUACUGAUAAAAAACUUCCGAUAAACCAAAAUGGUUUGAAAUCUGUUUGGGACUGUUCUCAGCUUAGAACCAAAGAAGACUGGCAAGAUUGGAUAAGGCGUUUAUCUAUCCAGUUCUUAAAGGAGUCACCAUCUCCAGCGCUACGCACAUGUGCUAAUUUGGCAAGCAUUUAUCACCCUCUAGCAAGGGAACUAUUCAAUGCCUCUUUCUCCAGCCUUUGGUCUGAAUUAUACACUCAAUACCAAGAAAGUUUGAUCGGAUCUCUAUGUAGUGCAUUAUCAUCACCACAAAACCCCCCAGAAAUACAUCAAGUUUUAUUGAACUUAAUAGAAUUCAUGGAACAUGAUGAUAAACCGUUGCCAAUCCCAAUAAACACUUUAGGACAAUAUGCUGAAAGAUGUCACGCGUAUGCUAAAGCACUACAUUAUAAAGAAGUAAAAUUUAUAAAGGAGCCGGUAAGCUCUACGAUUGAGUCCUUGAUUAGUAUUAACAAUCAAUUACAUCAAACUGAUGCAGCUAUAGGUAUUCUAAAACAUGCACAGCAACAUCAUUCUUAUCAGUUGAAGGAAACAUGGUAUGAAAAGCUCCAAAGAUGGGAUGAUGCACUAGACUCUUAUACCAAAAGGGCGGAAGCAGGAGAUAACUCAAUUGAAGUUACUGUAGGUAGAAUGAGGUCAUUACAUGCUUUGGGUGAAUAUGAAACCUUGUCUCAACUGGCAGAAAACAAAUGGAAGACAUCUAAUUUGCAAGUACGAAAGAAAAUUGCACCUCUAGCUGCUGGGGCGGCUUGGGGUUUAGGUGAAUGGGAUGAGAUUGAAAAGUAUAUUAGCGUAAUGAAAGAAAAUUCGCCUGAUAAGGAAUUCUUUGAUGCAGUUCUGUGUUUACACAGAAACAGAUUUGAUGAGGCUGAGAAACAUAUAUUUGCUGCUCGCGACUUAUUGGUUACAGAAAUAUCAGCACUAAUUAAUGAAAGUUAUACUAGAGCUUAUGGUGUUGUUGUUCGUACGCAAAUCAUAGCUGAACUCGAAGAAAUAAUUGACUAUAAGAAGGCAUCUCAUAACUCGGCAAAAAGAACACAUUACCGCAAUUUAUGGGAUCAACGUCUACUGGGUUGUCAGAAAAAUGUUGACAUUUGGCAAAGAAUUCUACGAGUGCGCUCUUUGGUCGUUAAGCCAAAACAGGAUAUGCAUAUUUGGAUAAAGUUUGCUAAUUUAUGUCGUAAGUCUGGCAGAAUGAGUUUGGCUCAAAAAGCUCUUUACUCAUUACUAGAGGAUGGUAGUGAUCCAAAUCAACCAAAUACUGCGAAGGCACCACCACCAGUAGUUUACGCUCAAUUAAAAUAUCUGUGGGCGACAUCUUCCCAUGAAGAGGUCUUGCAUCAUUUAAUCGGAUUCACUUCAAGAAUGGCUCAUGAUUUGGGUUUGGACCCUAGUAAUAUGAUAGCGCAGAGCGUACCGCAAAAUGCGACGGUUGCUCCGCAGCACAUUGAGACAUACACAAAAUUGCUAGCAAGGUGCUUUUUGAAACAGGGAGAAUGGAGAGUUGCAAUACAACCCAAUUGGAGAGUGCAAAAUCCUGAUGCGAUUUUGGGUUCUUACUUAUUAGCAACACACUUUGAUAAGAAUUGGUAUAAGGCAUGGCACAACUGGGCUUUAGCCAAUUUUGAGGUUAUUAGUAUGCUAACGUCAAAAAAUAAAAAUGAGGACACGAACGGCGCUCAAGUUAAUGGGGAUUGGAGGAUCGAAAAUAGUAUAAUGGGAACAGAUUAUUUUAGUAACGAUGAAAGUAAGUUCUCCCCUGAAAUUAUACAGCGUCACGUUGUUCCUGCUAUCAAAGGUUUCUUUCAUUCAAUAUCCCUCCUUAAGGCAAGUUCACUUCAAGAUAAUUUACGUCUUCUGACAUUAUGGUUCACCUUCGGUGGAGUAGAAGAAGCUAAUAAAGCGAUGCAUGAUGGAUUUGGUAUGAUUAAAAUUGACAAUUGGUUAGAAGUCCUACCACAAUUGAUAUCUAGAAUACAUCAACCUAAUCCUGUUGUGAGUAAAGCGUUGCUUUCACUUCUUUCUGAUUUGGGGAAAGCGCAUCCACAAGCACUAAUUUAUCCUUUAACUGUUGCAAUUAAAUCCGAGUCUGUUUCGAGGCAGAAAGCUGCUUUGUCCAUAAUUGAGAAGAUGAGGAUACAUAGUCCUAUCUUAGUUGACCAAGCGGAGUUAGUAAGUCAUGAACUGAUCAGGUUGGCUGUUCUAUGGCACGAAUUAUGGUAUGAAGGACUGGAGGAUGCAAGUAGACAAUUUUUCGGAGAGCAUAAUACCGAAAAAAUGUUUGCAACGUUAGAACCUCUUCAUGAGUUACUGAACUGCGAACCCGAGACUUUACGAGAGGCCACAUUUAAGAAAUCCUUCGGCAGAGAUCUAAAUGAUGCUUAUGAGUGGGUUCUCAACUACAAGCGCACAAAAGAUGUAAGCAACUUAAAUCAAGCUUGGGAUAUAUAUUAUAACGUCUUUAGAAGGAUUAGCAGGCAAUUGCCACAAUUGCAAUCAUUGGAACUUCAAUACGUUUCUCCAAAACUAUUAGCAGCACAUGAUUUGGAAUUAGCUGUCCCUGGAACAUACUCAGCCACUAAGAAUGUGAUCAAGAUAUCUUAUUUUGAACCGACAUUAACAGUCAUAUCGUCAAAACAGAGACCUAGAAAGAUAUGGAUUCAUGGUAGUGACGGUGUUGAAUACCAGUAUGUCUUAAAAGGUCACGAGGAUAUUCGACAAGACAACUUAGUAAUGCAGUUAUUUGGAUUGGUAAAUACCCUCCUAAGAAAUGAUUCUGAAUGUUUCCAAAGACAUUUGGACAUACAGCAAUAUCCAGCUAUUCCAUUAUCUCCUAAAUCUGGUUUAUUGGGCUGGGUUCCUAACAGUGACACUUUUCAUGUACUUAUUAGCGAACACCGUGAUGCAAAGAAAAUUCCUCUCAACAUUGAGCAUUGGGUUAUGUUGCAGAUGGCACCAGACUUUGACAAUCUUACUCUGCUUCAAAAGAUUGAAGUAUUUACUUAUGCUUUAGAUAGUACAAAAGGUCAAGACCUGUAUAAAAUUUUGUGGCUGAAAAGUAGAUCAUCAGAGGCAUGGCUGGAUAGAAGAACAACAUACACAAGAUCACUAGCUGUUAUGUCUAUGGUUGGUUAUAUUCUUGGUCUAGGUGAUCGUCACCCAAGUAAUUUAAUGUUAGACAGAACAACAGGUAAGGUAAUUCAUAUCGACUUCGGUGAUUGUUUUGAAGCUGCUAUACUUAGGGAGAAAUUCCCAGAGAAAGUACCAUUCAGAUUGACUAGAAUGCUUACAUUCGCAAUGGAGGUUAGCGGCAUAGAAGGAAGCUUCAGAAUAACUUGUGAGCACGUAAUGAGAGUUUUGAGGGCAAACAAAGAAUCUUUAAUGGCCAUGUUAGAAGCAUUUGCAUUUGAUCCAUUAAUCCAUUGGGGCUUUGAUUUACCACCGCAGAAAAUAACAGAAAUGACUGGCAUUCAGUUGCAAUUAAGUAACACCAACGAAUUGCUACGUAGAGGAGCAAUUACUUUAGAGCAAGCUAAUAAAAUGGAAAAAGAGCAGCAAGCGGAGAUCAAGAAUGCUAGAGCAUUGUUGGUUCUUCGGAGAAUCAUCAACAAGUUAACUGGUAACGAUUUUAAAAGGUGUAAGGACCUCGGAAUUAAUGAACAAGUUGAUAAGUUAAUCCAGCAAGCUACUUCUGUGGAAAAUUUAUGUCAACAUUAUAUCGGUUGGUGUCCAUUUUGGUAA